UCGUCGUCUCCGUCGUUCGUCGUUGUCGUCGUCGUCGUGGUGCUAGCGAGAGUUCGGAAGUCGGAACCCUACGCUGUUUCGUUCGAACGGCGAGGGUGGGCCGAGAGAGAUGGUUCGAUAUCUUCCCUUCGCGGCGGCCGUAGCCGUGGUGCUCGCGUGCUGCUCCGUCCUCUGCAGCGGCGCCGAGCGGCUCGGGGCGAGGGAGUGCGAGGAGCUCGGGUUCACCGGCCUCGCCCUCUGCUCCGACUGCACCGCCCUUGCCGAGUUCGUCAAGGACCAAGAGCUAGUUGAUGACUGUCGUAAAUGUUGCACAGAGGAUUCUGAUGAUUCUGUUAGCAAGCUCACAUUCUCCGGUGCAAUCAUUGAGGUAUGCAUGAGAAAGCUGGUGUUUUAUCCAGAUGUCGUUGGCUUCAUUGAAGAGGAUAAAGAUGACUUCCCUUAUGUAGAAGCCCGUUACGCAUAUGGCUCUCCACCAAAGCUCAUAAUGCUUGACGACAAGGGUGAACAGAAGGAGACUAUAAGGAUUGACAACUGGAAGCGAGAGCAUAUCAGGCAAUUUCUCAAAGAGAAGGUGAAGCCAGCGAAAUCAGACAGCUGAUCAAUAGCGCAGAGUUCCUUUCCAUGUAGAACCCGAUAUGUACUUUUGGUUCUUUGUAAGCAAUGUCACGGUGCUUCAGUGAUCUGUACCUAAUCCUGGAUAGCAUUUGUGCACCUCAACUACUGUUGUUACUACAAGAGGACCUUUCAUUUAUGCCGUGCGUCUGUUUUGUGUUCAGAGAUUCAGAGUCAGGCCGCUAGAACUGUGAUCCAUCUCCAAAACGGGGACCAGUGUAAAACGAAACGAGCCUAGACGUUUUCCUGAAAAACUUGUACCAUGCCAACUGUUGAUUGUACAAGCAGGUCAGUGCUCUCGUUAUUGUC